GCGGCUCAGUGGCGGGCAGCAGCGCGGGGCUGCGGGAGCCGUGUCCCGGCCGGAUGCCGCCGCAGCAGGAGGGCGAGGCGGGCUACAUCAGCAAGCCGGUGCCGGGCGGCUGCGACGUGCCGCCCGUGCCGCCGCGCCGUGUCCGCAGCAGCAGCAGCCGGGCGGCGGGGCUGGGCGGCCGCUGCCGCGCCGGGGCUGGAGCCGGGGCCGGGGCUGGAGCCGAGCCGCGGCGCUGCAUCAAGUGCGUGCUGGUGGGGGACGGCGCCGUUGGCAAGACCAGCCUGGUGGUGAGCUAUACCACGAACGGCUACCCCACCGAGUACGUGCCCACCGCCUUCGACAACUUCUCCGCUGUUGUGUCUGUCGAUGGCAAACCAGUGAGACUUCAGCUCUGUGACACAGCUGGUCAGGAUGAAUUUGACAAGCUUAGACCCCUGUGCUACACCAACACGGACAUCUUCUUGCUGUGCUUCAGCGUUGUGAGUCCUUCUUCCUUCCAGAAUGUGAGCGAAAAGUGGGUUCCUGAAAUUCGAUGCCACUGUCCCAAAGCUCCCAUCAUUCUGGUUGGGACACAGUCAGACCUCCGAGAGGAUGUCAAAGUUCUCAUUGAACUGGACAAAUGCAAAGAAAAGCCUGUGGCAGAGGAGGCUGCAAAGCUUUGUGCUGAGGAGAUAAAAGCAGCAUCUUAUAUCGAAUGCUCAGCUUUGACUCAGAAAAAUCUGAAAGAAGUCUUCGACGCAGCCAUUGUCGCUGGCAUUCAGUACGCAGAUACCCAGCAACAACCAAAGAAAUCAAAGUGCAGGACUCCAGACAAAAUGAAAAACCUCUCCAAAUCCUGGUGGAAAAAAUACUGUUGUUUCGUAUAGUAAUUUUAAGGACCUGGUGAAAUCACACAGAAGCUAUAUUAGCUGAAGUCUCAUUCCAUAUUGUCCACUUGUAUAACAUAGGUACAUAAAAGUAUGUAUAUGUUGCUGUUGGAGAUCUCAGUUGUCCUUUUGAGGUGGAUGGCAGAAUGCUUAGGUAGAUGUUGCCAUUAAUGAGGUUAAGGAUAUUUAGCCCUCACCUCUCUGAUGUCUGAGUUUCCAGGGUAAUUUCUCAUCAAGGAACAAAUGCUCUACAUAUUUGUGAAGUUACAAGCUGUACAAAGAAUUUGACUUUUUGUAUUAUAAUGCAUACAAAAGAGGGAGGAGCAACAGAGGCCUUUGCUGAUAGGGCUGCUUAGAAGAAACAAGGGAAUAUAGAAACACAGCUCUAUAGAUAGACACUUUUUUUAAAUAACACUGUGCCUCCUUACUGACAUUUUAGCUUUAAAAACCUGCUCCUUCUCUUUCCCCUACCCCAUCUCUUCCUGCUCCAACCAUAUUUAGAUUAAUGUAAACGUUGGAUAAGAGAUGGACUACUCAAAUGCUAUUGUUUCAAAGGUUGUGCAUAUACCUCUAGUACAUUGUUAGGAAGUCUAAUAUGUUUAGCAGUUGACAUAAUUUUAUCUUUAUUGGCAGUCUCCUAAUUUGGAAAUUCUUUAUUUCUGUGCCCUCCUCCCCCUCUGCCUCCCUCCAUUUGUAAAGUAGAUUCCUGAUAAACACAAAAAAUGGGAUAGUAGCAGGUUCCUUUGUAUUUAUACAGACACUAUGAUAGUUCAUUUAUAUUAAUUGAAAGGAAUGCAAAUUAGUCUUAAAAAGGAUGCAAUGAAUCUCCAUACAGUACCACAUAAUGUAUCUGUUUCAAGGCUGGAAACAUGAAUUUUGGAAUAUCCCUCUUUUCCUUGCUGCCAGUUAAAUGAAAAGGCAGUUUAAUGGUACAACAAACUGGAUGCUGGGAAAUAGAUACUGCUUUGCCCUGAUUAUGGUGCUGUUCUGAACAAGUGAAUGUUUUGUUUCUGUUCAAAGAAAGCAGUUUUUAGAGGCUUGAUCUGGUCUGAGACUGCAUUCUUAAAAUUGGUAGCACCAGCCGGAGAGAUUUUACUGAUGACUCUUUCCUGGAUAACUGCAACAGAUUAAAGGGAAGUGUGUCCAGAAGGAUGAUUUGCCUAUUACAGCAUCAAAUGUGUGACACACAAAUCUGCUGAAUUCCAGUCUGCUUAGUCUGAGGAUCUGUGGAUUAAUUCAUUUUUUUGCACAAUUCAGUAUUUAACUCUUAGGCUGGUUUCUAAAAAGGGAAUUGGGAGACCUUUCGUUUGAAUUGUCUGAUUUCUUUACAGCCUUAAGGUGCUUUUUUUUUUUUUUCACUUCAAUACUCAACGAGCCGCUCAGGAUCGAGCUUCAUUUUUCCUUUUGGGAGUAGCAUUAACGUGAACUCAUUUUUAUCAUUUUCAAUUAAAUUGGAAUUUUAAAACAAGUUCUUAUUCAUCAUAACAAAAUGAAUGCAUGCUUUAAGAAACAUUGUGGAAGCCAUUUGAAUUGAUAAAGUUGGCUGCAAUUAACCUCCUGGCCUACUUAAAGAAAAUCACGUUAUGUAAAUACAUUCUGGGAUAUAUUGGCUUAAGUGCCAUGAUAUAUAUAUAUACACACACACACACACACACACGUUUUUUUCUUUGGUGAGGCAAAAUGAGUGCAGAGCACAUAGUGUUCCACAGCUGAAAACUUAGUUCAAAAUGAAGUGGAUACCUUUACUGAAGUACAUGGAGCCUUGUUCAAUAAAAAUACGUUGGCUUCUUCACUGUAGCAGCUUGGAAAAUCAGUCUCCAUAGCACAGAAACUGGAUGCAUUUAACUUGGUUGCAUCUGGUCCAUAAUGGCUAAAUUUCACAACCAGUGAACAUAACAGUUGAGCCUUUAGAUUCCACAGUCUAAUGCUAUGACAUUAUCUCAAAUAUAUGCAGUCAAACUGGCCAUUUGAAAAGGACAUAGCCAGGUUUUUCAUGUGUGUGUCCUUUUCUGUGAAAUGGACACAACUGAUUUUAAAACCUGGAUUUGGAGAGGUGGGGGAAGUUGAAAGUGAAAAGCACCCAUUGCACAAAUAACUGAAUUUGUUUCAUAUGAUCAUGAUGCUUUGUAUCCUGCCAUACCGGAAGCAGUAGGUUGUAUUUUAUAAGCAGCCUGUUUCAUAGUUGGGAAUAGCAUUACCUUUAAAUGUACCCAGCUGUGAUUGUUCCUGAAAAAUGUGACUUGUUAUAGCCCUUUACUAGGUGUAUGUGAACUAAGGUCUAAUAACUUUAUGAAUACUGCUCUACAUGGGGCUACACAAGGUCUAGAUUUAGAAAUGUUACUUGUAAAAUACUGAUGAUUUUAAAAGCUCAAGGGAGGGAAGAUGUCUCCGUGUAGUCUAUAAUCUGAGGUGCCUUACGAAAUUGUCUUCUGUUUCCUAAAUGUAGGCUCUAUUGCAACAAAAAAAAAAAGGAAAGGAAACCAUUUCAUGCAAGAAUGAUAUAAAUUAAGUAUUUGGAAAUAAAUUCUGAUAUGUGUAUUUGUCUGCCCAUGGGAUCAACCAUUUUAUACUGGACACCUCUGCCUUUCACAGCUUUGUCUUAUGUAACACCCAGUCAGUCCUGGGCUCCAUAACAUAGCCUGAGGGGGACACUUCAUAGAUUUAAUGUCAAGUACUUGAGCGGUGGUUAGCAAAUAAUAACCUGGCUUACUUUCUUUUUAAUGUAUUGAGUCAGAGAUGAGGCUGAACAAGAACUCUGGUUCUCUACCCUCUUCCUCCUUGGAGCACUGUGCAUGUUAGAUGUUAGUUACCAUUCUUGGUUUCCCUCAGGGCAGAUUUGUGCCAUAUCUGCAAUGCUCCCAAGUCUACCAUGGAGAAACAAGCCCCACUUCCUGCUGCUGUCCAGGUGCAGCACAGUGAAAAAAAUGUUGCGUUGUUACUGUUAGAACAGCGUUGGGUACACAUAGUGCCACUCCCAGGAGCACACCGAAGACUGAACUCCUGAGGGUGUGAUUCUGAGGGCAUGAGCCAAAAAACCAGCGGGUGCUGAGUGGGAGCAAGUGGGCAGGCCUUGCUUCUCAGCAGCAGUCUCAGGACUGCUGUGGAGGUGAUAUAGACAUGGCCCGUUGGGGCCCUAAACUGGAACACUAAGUCCUGGUGGAUCUGUAUUUUUAAACUUGAUCCCAUUCCUACAGCUCAGGGUUUUCCCCAGCGUGAAAUCUGAUCCUUUGCAAAUAGAGCAAAGGCCAGAUUGACUUCCUCGUUUCACUUUGCACGUGGUGAUCAGGUACACUGCUACUAGCUCUCCUUCGUUAACAAUGAUACCUAUCAUUUACAGUGUUCUUCAUCUUCAAAGCUCUUUACAGAUAUUAACUAAUAGUUGCACGAUCUUGCACGUGAUCAAAUAAGUACGAUCUCUUCUGUUUCUACACUGCUUAGUUGGCAGAGAGAUGAAGUUAUUUGGCGUAAGAAUGUGCUCUUUUACUGUUGUAUAUUGUGCAAGGAUCCUGCAUCAGGGAGUAAAAUCCCAGUGCUUGGCCCUGUACUGGUGUACAAUAAAAAUCGAGUGUUCACCCUAA